AUGAGCCGCAAACAAAGACUUUUGGUGCUGUCAGCACUGAUCAUGACGAUAGUGCUUGUGGUAUCUCUUAGCUCUUCGGAGACCCCGGCUUUUGCCAUAGCAAACACGAACAAGGACUCGUCUUCUGCUGCCGAUUUGUUGAGCCAGUUCAGUGCUAGUAAUGGGAAGAAGGGUGAGAGUCCUGAAAUCAAGACUGGUGAGAAGGUUGGUAGUCCUUCUGGUGCUGGGUCGAGCUCUGGAUCUGUUGGUUUGACCAAGGGCUCUUCUGCCGGUUCGACCAAGGGUUCAUCCUCUGACUCUUCUACGGGCUUUAAGGAUUUACAAGAUACUCACGACUCGAAAGAUGCUGCCGACGCUAAGGCAAAGCCAUUGACUGGCUCCAAGGCAGAGACCGGCUUCAAAGAUCUCCAGGACUCACGUGGCUCUGAUUUGGAGGGUUCAACUCAAGAUGAGGAGGCCCCAGGAGUUGCCGAUGCCGGCAAACUGUCCAAAGAUCUAUCUGACCCCGCUGAGGUUGUGGGUUCUAAGGGAGCCACGAAGCCAGCCAAGGGCUCGUCUGACCAUACCGGCCCCCAUGGUUCUGGAAACAUCUUGAAAGACUCCGCAGAUGCCUUGGUCGAUGAUGCCGAUGGUGGAGUUGAUUCUGGCGCUUCGAAAAAGCCUGCCAAGACCCUAAAAUCUUCUGCUGGCACAGAUGACGAAGAUGAGGACAGUUCCGUGUUUGACCCGGCUAAGGAGUAUAAUGAUAUCAUGAGCAUGGGUCCCGUGGUGAUCUUUUCCAAGACAGGUUGCCCUUACUCUCGUGCACUCAAAGAUUUGCUUAACACAAACUACGAUAUUGUCCCCGCGCCAACAAUUGUGGAAUUGGAUCUCCACACCCACGGUCGCGAACUACAAAAUUACCUUGGCGAGACGAGUGGCAGAAAGACUGUGCCCAACUUUUUCGUCAACGGAGUUUCUCGUGGAGGUUCUGAUGAAAUCAAGACUCUCCACGCAGCUGGAACUCUUCUCUCCGAGCUCAAAACCUGGGGUGGGAAGCUCGUCCAAGUAUCCAAAUUGGCUGCUCCUUCCAACCAGUGA